GAGAGAAAGAGAGAGAGGAUCUCCACUAUUGUUUCUUUCUUACAUUUGACAUUGUCAGAUUAAACGUCUGUAAUAAUGGAAUGCAUUUCUCCUCUCUCUCUACCUUUUAUAAUCUCUGACUUAUAGUAAUUAUAAUUUUUUUUUUCUUCAAUUUGUUACCACUUUGAUAGUUUCAUUAGGCACUUUCUGGUGGGGUUUUAGGCAUUUGAGUUUUGUUUCUUGGGGAAGAAUCUGAUUCAGAAAACAAUGUCUGACUCACCGACUUCUUCCCCACCAGCACCACCCGCCGACUCCGGUCCUCCGCCGGAUAACUCCACCGGAGAUUCUUCUCCUCCACCUACGGAUUCCGCUCCUCCUCCUUCUCCACCGGCUGAUUCAUCACCGCCGCCGAGUCUCCCACCUCCACCGCCGGCGACUCCUCCGCCGGAAUCCGAUCCUCCGCCGGCUGAUUCUCCGCCCCCUCCUUCCCCGGAUGCUCCACCACCAGCUGAUCUCCCUCCGGUAGACUCCGGUUCACCACCACCGGAGCCAGCAAACUCUCCUCCUCCUCCGUCUGAGGAAUUUGAAUCACCGCCGCCGCCUCCGCCUCCGCCGGAGAAUGAAGACAACACCUCUCCUCCUCCGCCUCCUGAUCCGGCGACUCCACCAAAGGGAGAACCAAAAAAACCGAAAAAGUCACCACCACCACCACCACCAUCAGCACAAACCACAUCUCCUCCGGCUCCUCCAAAAGCGCCGUCACCACCGGUUAACGCGUCCCAACCACUACCACCCAAGUCUACCUCCCGCGGCGUCCCUAGCUUCCCUCCACCUCCUCCAGCCAGUAACGACGGUGGCUAUGAAGGCAAGACAAUGGCCGGAAUGGCGGUAGCCGGAUUGGCACUCCUGGCCUUGAUCGCCGUCGUGUUCUUAGUCAGAAGAAAGAAAAAGAAAAACGUAGAUGUAUACGAUGACUCUCAAUACUUGCCUCCUUCUAACUUCUCCAUCAAGUCAGAUGGAUUUUUAUACGGACAGAAUACGACAAAAGGAGGAGGUGGUUACCCUACAAAACAACAAUCCAAUAACAGCUUUGGAGGUUAUACACAAUCAGGGAGUACACCUGAUUCAGCAGUGAUGGGAAGUGGUCAGACGCAUUUCAGUUACGAAGAGCUUAUGGAGAUAACGCAAGGAUUCUCUAAGCAAAACAUUCUCGGAGAAGGUGGGUUCGGGUGUGUUUACAAAGGUAAACUACAUGAUGGGAAGCUAGUUGCUGUGAAACAGCUUAAGGUUGGGAGUGGACAAGGUGACCGUGAGUUUAAAGCGGAGGUUGAGAUUAUUAGCCGUGUUCAUCAUCGUCAUUUGGUUUCUUUGGUUGGUUAUUGUAUUUCGGAUGUUCAGAGGUUGCUUAUUUAUGAGUAUGUUCCGAAUCAAACGUUGGAGCAUCAUUUGCAUGGGAAGGGAAGACCAGUCCUGGAAUGGACUAGGAGAGUCCGAAUCGCUAUAGGUUCUGCCAAAGGUUUGGCGUAUUUGCAUGAAGAUUGUCACCCAAAGAUCAUCCACAGGGACAUAAAGUCUGCAAACAUUCUGCUGGACGAUGAGUUUGAAGCUCAGGUUGCUGACUUUGGGCUUGCUAAACUUAGUGAUUCAACACAAACCCAUGUAUCAACUCGUGUUAUGGGAACCUUUGGGUACUUGGCACCAGAAUAUGCACAAAGUGGGAAACUGACAGAUAGAUCAGAUGUUUUCUCGUUUGGGGUUGUUCUCUUAGAACUUAUAACUGGACGCAGACCAGUUGAUCAGUACAUGCCUUUAGGAGAAGAGAGUUUGGUCGAAUGGGCUCGUCCACUGCUUCAUAAAGCCAUUGACACCGGUGAUUUCAGUGACCUGGUUGAUAGACGGCUCGAAAAUAAUUACGUGGAGAAUGAAGUUUUCAGAAUGAUUGAAACAGCUGCUGCAUGUGUUAGACAUUCUGGUCCAAAACGUCCACGCAUGGCUCAGGUUGUGAGAGCACUGGACAGUGAAGGGGACAUGGGAGACAUAAGCAACGGAUACAAAGUGGGACAAAACAGUAGUGCUUAUGACUCAGACGACAGGAAAAUGGCGUUUGGUUUUGACGAUAGUUCAGAUUCAGGAAUGCACAGUGGAGACUACUCUGUUCAAAGCUCCCGGAAAGGAUCCAAUGGAGCCUCUACUGAGUUCACAUCUGAGAACCGAAAGUUCAAUAACCGGCGGUUCUGAUUCAAAUACAAGUGAAGUUAUUAUAAUAACCUCAUGUUUGAGCUCCCUAUUUCUUCUCGAGUGUGAUGAGGAUAAAGAAGAACUCUAUUUUCAGAUAUGUAACAAGCUUGUAAUAUUACUUGUCAUCUAUCUUUUUUUUUUUUCAUAUAUAACUUGUUCCAAAGUUCCAUACCCAUAUGAAACAAAACCAAUAGACCCAAAAUAAGAAACACGACAAGCAUAAAUAAAAAAAAGAAAACGUUAUAGUUAAACAAGCUUGAAUAAAUCUCUUGUCUUAUUUAGUUCAUUGUCCUAACCGGUUACUUGGACCUUACGCCAUGUUUUGUAACAGAAGUUGGUCCUUUCUUUCCACCUCCUCCUCCUUUCUUGUUAUCAAACCCAAACUCAAUAUCUCCUCCGUUUCGACCAGAGGGUUUGUUGUUCAUUGGACCAGGACGCUUUAUAUCGAACCCAAACUCCAAAUCAUCACCUCUCUGUCUCGGCUCACGCUCCACAGGUCUAAUCUCACGGUUCUUCUUUGAAGACGGUUUCUCAUGCUUUGAAGGUUUGUUGUUGUUUUUGGGGUCUUUGCGGCCCCGGUUGCAUAGCCUUCCGAACACACAAGCUAGCGCUGCCAAGACAAGGAUGGCUGCUAGAACUAUGAAGGCUGUACCGAAUGAGCCGCUUGAAUGAGAGGACGAGGGCGGUGCAUAUGAGGAAGAUGAUGAUGAAGAAGAUGGAUACACAAUAAGAGGUUGCUGAAACUGUUGUUGUUGUUGUUGAUCUUCCAUUUUUUUGUGGGUUUGGUUUUGAUUGUGAUUUUAGGAGCUUUGUUU